GUAUCUGUACUUUACUAUUUAUAUUUGUCGACUUUUACUUUUACUUCACUAAAUUUAAAAAAAAAGUAUACUUUUACUCCGAUUCAUUUCCCCUGACACCUUCGUUACUCGCUACAAAAUCAAAUCAAUCUGAAGCUGGAAGAAAAAAACGAAUCAUGUUGGAAAAAAUAUGCAAGCAACAUCGGCGAGUCGGCACACUCAUGGGUGAACUUGUUUUGCAAUGCAGCAGGCGACGACAUUCAGAGUUGAUCCAAUCCUCAUCAGUUUGGGCAAAUCCAAGGGUCCUAAAGUGCAAAGGCCAAACACCGGGAGCCUGUCACUUGCAAAACAGUCAUCCACUCAGUAGCACUUUGGCCAAGCGUGUCCGAAAUCGCACAAUCAUGUCAGACAUCGCUCUACCACCACCUCCCGAUGAGGACGAACACCCUUCGCUGUAUCUAAAAUAAAUGUUUUAUUUUCUCAGAAUGAAGGAUUCAUCCUACCGGUUGAAACGUCUGUUAUGUUUACCAAAAGUUCAGGAAAUACUAGCGUUCAAGAACUCGCCUUCGAAGCUAACAAAACACAUUGAGAGAAAGCAUGUACACCAUCUUAAGAAGUAUGGAGAACUGAUGGCAAACACACUGAAGAGAAAACAUGCCCCUAAGACUCCCUCCUCCACCAGGCAGAGCGCAUUACUGAAGACAGUCUCAAAAAUUCAUAGACAAAGCUGUGGUGAAGUGUGUGGUCCAAGGGCUCCAACCAUUCGCUGUUGUAGAACAAGAACCGUUCAGAGAGUUUGUCCAGGAUCUGCAGCCUAACUCAAAGAUCUUAUCAAGGCCCACCCUGCGCUCCAGGAUUGAUGAAGCCUCCACGGAAAUGAAGAAGGUGACUGAGGCCAUGAGAGGAGUUGACCACAUCGCCACCAACACCGACUGCUGGUCUGCAAGAAGACGGAGCUUCAUUGGUGUCACAGCCCACUGGAUAGACCCUGACAAUCUCAACAGAUGCUCUGCAGCCCUGGCCUGUAAACGGUUGAGAGGAUCGCACACCUUUGACGUGUUGGCAGGCGCCCUAAAUGACAUCCAUUCUGAGUUUGAAAUCCGGGGUAAGAUUGUGAGAACAACAACAGACAACGGCUCUAACUUCUUGAAAGCUUUCCAAGUUUUUGGAGAAGAUGAAAACCCCAAGACAGUGGAAGCAGUGGGUGGUGAAGCAGCUCAGCCAGGACAGGAAGAUGGUGAAGAGGAACAAGAGGAGAGUGAAGAAGUGGAGUUUGUUGAUGUGGCAACGAUCCUGAAUGAAGAUGAUGGUUUUGAGUACCAGCUGCCGAAGCACCAGCGCUGUGCUUGCCACCAACUCAACUUAGUAUCUACAGUCGAUGCCCUGAAAGCAACAUCCAGUGAGGCUUACAAAAAAGUGUCCCGUUCAACAUUUGGCAAGUGCCAAGCACUUUGGAACAAAUGCGGAAGAUCCACACUUGCAGCUGAAACGGUUGAAGAUGCUUGCGACCUCCAGCUGCUACGCCCGAAUGCUACAAGGUGGAACUCCUGGUUCAUGGCUGUAGAAAGACUCCUGAGGAUCGUCAAAGACAAAGGAGAGGCGGCCGUCAGAGUUAUCAACUAUCAACCUGCUGAUCACAAAACUUGACCGACUCAAGUUGUCCAUGAAGUACUGUAAGCCUCUGGUGGAUGCGCUACAACUGGGACUGAAGAAGCGCUUCAGCCACAUGUUUCACGACCCUGAGCUGAUCGCAGCUGCAAUCCUUUCUCCCCAAAUGCAAAACAACGUGGGCAAAGGAUGACGCCACCAUCAGAAUGGGAAUGGACUACAUCAAGGACCACCUGGAAGAACCCUUGCUACAGCUAGGUGAUGGCACCAGUUCAUCAGAUGAGGAGGACUUCUUCUCAGCUGGACGGAUACCUGGCCUGUUCAGCUGAUCAUAUGGAGUUGCUCAAGUCCUUCCCGUCAGUCUGUAAGCUGUCUCGGAGGCUAAACACACCCUUACCUGCAUCAGCUGCAUGUGAAAGGCUGUUCAGCAUUAACGCUAGCAAGGACACGGAUGCCUUAUGCGUUUUGUUAAUUUAUGUUUAGAAUUCACAAGUUAUAGGUGUCCUUGUUACAAAGGCAUGACCUGACACACUGAUUUGUAAUACAGUUCUAUCAGUGGUGAUGUCCUCAUAUUCCUACAGUGAGGUUGUGUGCAGUUCUGUACAUGUACUUUUGAUAAGCUCAUCAAUUUUUUAUGUAUAGGGUUCUAUUAUAGGAUGUUUUUUCUAAAGCAAAGUGACUGUGAUUGUAAGUGCUUACGUUUACUGGCUAUAUUCCUUUGUAAUUAAGGAAUAAUUAUAUUUAGUCUGUAAGAGAUGUAUUUUGAAGUGAUGCCUAUUUGAGAAUCCACGUUCUUUCUUUUUUUUAUCUGAGCUCUUGUAUCUGUAAGAUUGUUACCUUUCAGAAAAGCUCAAACCAAAUAAAAGGUCUGGCUGUUUUGGAUUUACGGCUCUUACGUUUCAUACUUUUACUC